AUGUCUAUUAGAUUCCUUGCUCAACGUUUGGUUCAACAUGGUCGUAUUAUUCUUCAUACGCUCCGCAACAACGAGCUACGUUAUUCAAACACUCAUGCUAAAAAUCACUUUAUCAAGAUACACGUUGUUCCAGUAGGAAAAUCCCUAGGCCCAACGCCUCAGGGUACUAGCAAUGCCACUCACGUUAGGUCGCAUCUCGGUUACCUUGGAGCCCAAGCAAGACGUAUCUUCGUAGAUAACAUCUUAAGACGAGUUACCAACAGCUUGGCCGGUGAAUUACGAAAAAAAGCAGCAAAUCGUCAUUUAUUCGGUGACUCAGCUCCAUUUUUUGCGUUAGUUGGAGUAUCAUUGGCUUCAGGUACCGGAAUUCUGACUAAAGACGACGAACUAGAAGGGGUUUGCUGGGAAAUUAGAGAAGCUGUUUCGAAAUUACAAUGGAUGAAACCCGAAAAUGACAGAAAUUACGAAUCACCGGAGAUUGAAAAGCAGCCGACAUCAACUACGAGUCUCCAGGAUUUCGUAUUUGGACCGGCGAUAGCCAAAGGCUGCUCCGCAGUAGUUUACGCAGCACGUUUCAAAGAAGAAACUUUAAACACCACAGCGAGUAAAGUAGAUGGCCCAAUUGUAAAAGCCGACGAUGAAGAUGUGGCUAAUUUUCCAUUGGCUAUUAAGAUGAUGUUCAACUACGACGCCGAGUCCAAUUCUAUGGCGAUAUUACGAGCUAUGUACAGAGAAACUGUUCCGGCUAGAAAGUACGAACGCGGUGAACUGACCGAUUGGGAGUUGAGAAUCGCUGAUAACAAACGUGCUCUUCCGCCUCAUCCUAAUGUCGUUGCCAUGUACCAUGUAUUCACUGAUAGAAUUCCAUAUUUACCCGGUUCAUGGCAAUUGUAUCCUGACGCGCUACCAGCGCGAAUAAAUCCCGAAGGUUCUGGAAGAAAUAUGAGCUUGUUUUUACUUAUGAAAAGGUAUGAUAUUACUUUGAAAGAAUACAUGGUUGAUCAUCCAGUAAAUAUUCAAGAGUCUGUUUUACUAUUCGCACAAUUGUUGGAAGGUAUUGCUCAUAUCAAUGCCCAUGGAAUUGCUCACAGAGAUCUAAAGAGUGAUAAUAUUCUGCUGGAUAUAUCCGAAGAAACGGACAAUUGUCCAUCACUGGUAAUCACUGACUUUGGAUCAUGUCUUGCGGACAAACGUCACGGUCUCUAUCUUCCUUUCAACUCUCACGAUGUUGACAAAGGAGGAAAUAUAGCGCUCAUGGCUCCAGAAGUGGUCACUGCUGAGCCAGGUCCUUUCACGAGUAUUAAUUACACUAAAGCAGAUCUAUGGACUGCUGGUACAAUUGCCUACGAAAUUUUCGGUAUGGUGAACCCAUUUUAUGGGGGAAAAAAUGAAACUGCACAGUUGAAGAAUUACACUUAUUCAGACACAACUAUAAUGCAACUGUACUUGUGGGCUCCCAGCGCUUGGCUUAGAAAGCGCAAUAAAUUGCCGUCGAGCAAUGAAAUUCUUCAAUGGUUACUCUGUUUAACUACCAAAGUUCUUUGCGAAGGUCGUGAAAUAGAGAUACUUAACUCAAUGCCCUCGUCUAGUCAGGACGAAAAAGUCGAGAAGAAAAAUUACCGCAGAUUGAUAUCCACUCGGUUGAGUGGAAGACGUACCAUGCCAGAGUACCAGUUGAUCGCUAGUUUUCUCGGCAGGGUAAGCUUGUACAAUGUCCGCGAAGGGUUACAGUGGAUCGACCGAAAUACCAAUUUUAAUUAA